CAUCUGGCAGUGCUGAGUUGAGUGGCAGCACCCAAGUAAAUUGGCGCAAUUCCUAAACAAAAUACAAUUAAAUAGCAAAGGAGACUGCAACAGUCGAGUUAGAGAGACGCCAUCGUAGAUAUAGAUAUUCCCAGUCCCUAUCCCAAGCAAUUAGAAGGCAUUCUGUACAGGCACCUAUCAAGUUCAGGCAUUUGCAAAGGUUGCCAUGAACACACCGUUACAGACCCGUAUGGCUCUAGCCGAGAUUCCUGAUCGCUUAGAGGCAUUACGGAUGGCAAACACACCAACAAAUGCCAAUCGCCGGACUCCCGAUGAACCAACACCGGCGGCCAUAGUGAACACACCAAAUGCCAAUGGCGGCGGAGGAUUGGCCUUGGGUGUGGGUGGUGAUUUUAAUUUCUCACCGUUGCCAUCGCCGGAUGAGCUGGUUAUAAGACAGCGUGGACGUCGUCGUUUCACCACAACCUUCUCGCCGGAUAAAGUCAACGGUGGCGGAACGGGGGGUGUGGGUGGAGGCGGAGCCUCUACGUUGCGUAGUCCCUUCCAGCGUACUCCUACCAAAAAUCUACAACUUACCAGCGGUAUGAUAUUACGUAGUUCACCACGAAAACGCUUGACCAUGGGCAGUACACCGCCAGAACCUGUGCCCAUGGAGACAUAUUCACCCAUAAAAAUAGCCACCAGCAGCAGUACCAAGCAACAGUUAUGGCCUGGAACACCCAUAGUGAAAAAGUUAAAAAUGGAUGAUCGUCCCAUAGCUCAAACAAAUAGCGAUAUAUCCUUGCCCAGCCUGUUGCAAGGCUUGUCACAACAGCAACUAAUCGAUUUGAUUGUGAAAAAUAUAAAUACUAGCAGCGAUGAGGAGCAAAUGCGACGACAAUUGCCCAUGCCAGAUAUAAGUGCCAUGGAACAGGAACUGCACUAUGCAAAGCGACUAAUUUUUAAAUCGUUACCCACCUCGCGCCUAUGUAAGAAAACCGAUGCAGCUGCCUAUUCGAAGGCUUCAAUGCAUCUAAAUGAAUUUAAACGUCUUCUCCAAACGCAAGCCAAGCGUUUGCAUGACUCCACACACUGGGAUGCACUGGUCGAUUAUGUCAGUAUGGCCUGGCAAUGUGUAGCUAGUACACCAAAUUGGGAGAGUCAUGCCCAUAAUACUGUGAGGCGACAGUGUUUCAAAUUGCUGGCAUGCUCAUGUUAUGCGGCCAUUAAGCAUGGCGGCCUACGAUUGGGCCAGACACGCUUAGAGACUCUGGAACGUAAUUUAAGGGAAUGGUCCAAGGAUUAUGAGGAUGUUUUGUCCUGUGUGAACGCUUUGCAGCGUACCCUUAAUAAUCGAACUAGUUUAUGAGCUAAGUAGCUGAUAAUUAAGGAGGAGAUUAUAGACUUGCUAAACUCAAGGUUUAGUAGAACGAAUUUUUUUUUAUAAGAACAGAAGAAAAGAAGAAAAAUUGAAUACAAAGUCGCUCGAUAAGAAGAUGAAUAAGAACAAAGAAAGAAACUGUUUAUCAGGUUUGUUGUCCAAUUUGUUCGUCCUUUUGUAAAGAGCCUAAGGAUGUUUAGUUUUUAGUGUUAGAAAACGAAAGAUAAUGAAACAGAAAAUUGUAUUUAUUAACACUUAAAUAUAUAUAUAUAUAUAAAUCAUA